CUCACAGGCCAGUCGGUGGCCCAACGUGGCUCAAGAUGGUCCUCAAGUUAACACUGGCGGCUGUCGACAAACUCCUCCCGUCGACGUACUACCUCCAUGUCGUCGUUGCUGUCGCAGUCGUCCUCAUUACACGCGUCGUCUCUCAAGGACGCAGGACAACACGCGACCGCGACAUGCACGGUCGGAUAUUCCUCGUUACAGGAGGUUUUACUCCGCUUGGCAUAACGCUCUUAGAGCAGCUCGCCGCACGCGGUGCACACAUCAUCGCACUUUCUCCUAAGCCCAUCAAUGCGCCCGAAAUCGACCUUUUAGUCUCGGUACUACGACAAACGACCUCCAACGAGCAAAUAUACGCCGAGGAAUGUGACCUCUCCUCUCCGCCCUCGAUACGCGCCUUCUGCACGCGCUUCCUCACGGGCCAAGAACAACGCCUUGACGGAAUAGUCUUUGUACAUGAAUACGCACAGCGCGGCUCGCUCUUGUCCACUACAAAUGCAGGGCUAGCAUCAACGGGAGCGCCGAGCUCAGGGCAAGCGAGGAGAUCGGGGAAGUCGUGGGCAGAGGCGCUGGAAGACGAAAGAAAGGCUGCGUCAUUGGCCACGUUCCUGAUCAUCACUCUCCUGUUGCCCGUUCUUCUCGUGGCGCCCGUCGAGCGCGACAUCCGCAUCGUCAGUGUCGUCAAUCCCUUCUACGCCGCCGCAUCCUCCCUCUUCUCUACUUCCACCCCAUCAGCGCCUGCGAAGAUUCCCAAGGGGUUGUUGGGCCAGGAGGGCUGGCGUGCGCUGCAGAUGUCGGUGUACGUUCGACACCUCCAGCGCGUGCUCGACGCACUACCGAACGCCGGUCAGGUGCCCAAGACAGACGAGCCGACCGUGCACGUUGUGUCAGAUAAGCUGCAGAAGAGCAACAUCGUCUCCGUCUCCGUCUGCCCCGGGAUCAGCAGGUUGGACACCGUAGCACCGCUUUUGGGUGCUUCUAGGGCCAGCGAAGGGCCCCAAUCGAAGCUUGGGACCAUCCUGUACAUCCUCCUCCAGCCCCUCCUCUGGCUCUUCGCCAAAUCCACUACGUCAGCCGUUCAAUCCAUUCUCCACGUUCUCUUCCUCCCCACCCCGUUCAAAUCCCCCCGCGCCAUGGCCCACGCCGCAGCCAACCCCGGCGGCGCAGGCGCGAGCGACCCCGUCGCCGCCGCCACAUCGGACCUCCGGCCCGAGGAGAUCCUCAAGCCCGGCGCGCUCUACCGUGAGUGCGCGGUCGUGAACCUGCCGCUCCCCAUCGCGCCCCCGCCACCAGACGCAGACGUAGACGCCGAUGCCAAGGACAGCGAUCCCGGGGUGAACCCGCCGCCGAACGACAACGAACUCGGUGGGAUGCAUCUCGGCCAGGCCGUGUGGGAGCACUUUGAGGUCGCGCUCAAGGAGUGGGAGGCAGCGCACCCCAGUGUGGAGGAGAAGGCGGUGGCCGAGUCGGGGCAGACGACGACGGCGUCUGUCGAUCAGGAUGCGUCGGCUGGGUCCUGAGCAAUUGGAUGAUUUUAGGCGCUCUGUGCUGGGCACGGUGGAACUGUGGAUACCCCGCAUCUCCGGACGGUGCAUUUCGCUGUGCUUUGCUCUUUGCUAUCUGACGGACCUAUGUACGUUCUCUCCAUAGGACGAUAACCUCAUCAUGAACUCGAUUAUUCUACGUAAUAGUAACACAUCGCAAUACGGACGCAUGGGCGGGGAACUCCCGCCUGCCUUUUGAAUUGACAUCAGUUGUAGGUUGUGCUCCUAAGCAUGGUCAUUGUUUUCGCCCUGAGAUGAAGGCAUUUCUUCAACUUUUUAGAGUCGUUUUUUUGUCUCAUUUUUGUCUCACCGUCUCAUCGAAUAGGUAAUGAUUUUCUCGGUCGUCGGUUGGAAAUUUGUUCUCC